ACAGCCUCUCUCGACGGGGAGGAGGAUUACAAGAAAGUCUCUGAGCAACAACUCAUCACAAACCCUCCAACCUCCGGGCGCACUCCAGUCUCUGCUGCGCGCUCUGCGGUUCAAAAUAUGGACAAUAAAAUACACGGGAGAAUGAGCUCCAUCAGUACAAUCGCUGAUUCCACGGACACAAGAGUAAGUGACUUGAUUGACGCUGGGUACAUUAAUCCUAAAAUAUCUAGCGAUUCACAGUCUCUGACUUGCAUGUCCUCCUCCAUGCGUAAUUUUGGAAAUGCUGGCACCCUGUUCCACGGUCUAAAUUCAAGCGGCGACGGAGCAGUUUUUAAAGAGUGUACCAUACUCGAUGGUUCACUGGCUGGAAAACGUUUUUAUGACCGCAGCAGUGACUAUCUGAAGUGUGACAGUGCGCCGUGGGAAGAUUUCUCAAAAGUUCAGAGGACGAAUGCAGCCACAUCCGAAAGUUUGCCAGGCGCAAAUUUAACAUCAACAGGAGCGUGUAAAUUCAUCAAAGAUGAGAAGGAGCCUUCUGUGAUUAUGGACACCCCCUGCUCCAGCUUUGAUACAUCGCCUGAGCUGCCCGCUAUUGACACCCGCUGUGACACCGACAGGAAGCAACACCUGAGGCUCAAUGACGGGGAGUCCACAAGCUUUUCGCCAGCGGCGGCGGGUCCACGGCCACGGCUGGAGGGGUCUCCGAACUUUCUGAUGGACCUGAACCAGUCAGAGCAGCUGCCGGCGCUCAACCAGAUGAGGACGGACUCCAGAUGUGGUUUGUCCGGGAAGACUGUCGUCAACUUUGAUGCCAACACGCACGCAGCCCAGCAGCAAAUGACGAUGUACAAGAACGAAGUUCCCCGUUGGCAGAUGCAGACGUCUCCAUCCGAGCCCCAGUACUGGUGCCAGUCCGAGGACCCGUUCACACACAGCGGCUAUGAUGGGAUCCAGAACCAGGCCCUGAUUCGGAGGAACCCUUCACCUUUCUCCACAUUCCCCGGCAUGCCACCUCAGAGACAGUGUGUGAUCUGUGGUGACGAGGCAUCUGGUUGCCACUACGGAGUCCUGACCUGCGGGAGCUGUAAAGUCUUUUUUAAAAGAGCAGUUGAAGGCCAUCACAGCUAUCUCUGCGCUGGGCGUAAUGACUGCAUUGUGGACAAAAUUCGGAGGAAAAAUUGCCCUGCGUGUCGCCUCCGGAAAUGCUAUCAAGCGGGAAUGAUGCUUGGAGGCAGGAAGCUGAAACGUUUUGGGGCCUUGAAAGCCUUGGGUUUGGCCCCGUCCCUUAUGUUCCAGUCCCACUUUGCCAUGUCCAGCGAAAAUCAUGCUUUGACAUCCAUGUCUUGCAUACCAGGCAUCCGCGAGGUGCAACUCUCCCAACAGCUCCUCAAUAUCCUGGAAAACAUCGAACCAGAGAUCAUGUACUCGGGUUAUGACAGCACCCAGGCCGAUGGUCCUCACAUCCUGCUCAACAGCCUCAACAGGCUGUGUGAGAAACAGCUGUUGUGGAUCGUCAAGUGGUCCAAGUCCCUCCCAGGGUUUCGUAAUCUUCACAUCACGGAUCAGAUGACCCUCAUCCAGUACUCGUGGAUGAACCUGAUGGUGUUCUCUCUUGGGUGGCGCUCCUUUCAGAAUGUCACCAGUGAAUAUUUAUACUUUGCACCUGAUCUCGUUCUCAGUCAGGAGCAAAUGAGGAGAUCUCCGAUUUAUGACCUCUGCCUGGCGAUACAGUUCAUCCCUCAGGAGUUUGCAAAUCUUCAAGUUACCCGCGAGGAGUUUCUCUGCAUGAAAGCCAUAAUAUUACUCAACACAGUGCCUCUCGAGGGACUCAAAAGUCAGGCAGCAUUUGAAGAGAUGAGACAAAACUACAUCCGGGAGCUGACCAAGGCCAUCCACAUGAGGGAGAAGGGCUUGGUGGCCAGCUCACAGCGAUUCUACCACCUCACCAAACUGAUGGACGCCAUGCAUGAUAUAGUGAAAAAGGUCAACCUGUUCUGUCUGAGCACCUUCAUCCAGGCGGACGCCAUGAGAGUGGAGUUUCCAGAGAUGAUGACGGAGGUCAUUGCCUCCCAGCUUCCCAAGGUCCUGGCAGGCAUGGUGAGGCCCCUCAUAUUCCACACCAAGUGAUGAUGCCAGCACUGACCGCACAAGUCUGCGGACACAUCUCGUAACUGGAUUAUUUCACCCCACAAUUACUGGAUUCUUUGUAGCAUUCACUAUACUUCAGCCCUUUUUACUUUAUAAAGGUGAAACAGAGUCAACAUGUUCCUUAAGGAGUUUUCUUUUUUAACAGAACUAUAUUAAAUAUUAUAAAUUCAGAGGCAUCAAUGGUUUCGAGAACCACUAGAGAUACUGAUAUUUUUGUACUGAAGCUGCAAAAAAAGAAAAAUAUACCAACAAGAAGUUCAAAUAUUUAGCGUUCUCACCAACAGUUUCAACAUCCUUAGCUUCUUAAUGAAAGGGGAAAUGCAGGAGACACAGGAGCUUCUUCAGGGAGGAGAAACUGGCAAAGAUAACAAUCUGUGAAAAAUAUUUGAUAAAAAAACAACUCACCGAUCUUAGGGGGGUUUGAACACAUCUCUGCUAAGGCUUCGCACCAUAAUGAGAUAUUUACAUAAUAUAAUUUAUUAAAAUUAUUAAAAUCAUCUGGAUCUGCAUCAAAAUUACACGAUGACAGAGAUUAAUGGGACUCAUGUGACAGUGAGUGCAGUAGUUCAUUCAUUCAUUUUAUUUAUUUAUUUUUAAAAAUGCCCAAUUUCACAAUGAAAUCCUUUAAAGUGUGUGGAUCAGCGUGUAAACACAACUAAUCCCUUUCUACAGGCACAUGGUCUUACUCUAAAUCAACUUAGUCACUGAGAUCAGUCCAUAUGUUUUGUGCAAUUAAAACAAAUGUCCAUGCAGCUUUGGAUAGGAAGCAACGUACAUCAUACUAGAAGAGUCUCUCAGUCUACUCUUUUUUCAGUGGAAAACACAACCGUCUAAAAGUCCAGAUGCAAAGAGACAACUGCAUUUUGCCCUCCAACAGUUAACACACUUAGAAUACAUUCUCACUAUUCAGCCUGUUUCACGUGUUGUAAUUAAGCUUUUCUCGCUGCAUUGAGGACAAGGUGACAAAGAAUUUGACAACAGGUCUAAUAAAUCACGCUGUUUAUUGAUAGACAUGUUUAUGCACCGUCAACACACAGUAAGAUGAUUGCAAGGAAACAUAUAUAAAGUUUGCCAUAUAUAAAAAAGGAUGCCACAUGUUACAUAUUUAGCAUAUGAAUAUCAUUUGCCCUGCAAAUUCAGACUGUAAGGAAGUAUUAUUCCAGCAUGAAUGUUUAAGGUCACUUGACAUUCUUUAAGAUGAUCCAUGAUCUUGGCAAGUACGGGAUCUCAAAAAGCUUUAUGUCACCAGAGAAAGUCUUACUUUGGAGUCAUUUUGUGUGCAGUGUUCCUUUCUUUCUUUUAUCUUUUCUUUUUUUCUGACAUAGUAUCACUGAAGUUAAUUUUUUAGACAAUCGUGGACUUUGUACUUUGGAAAUGUUGUGACAGUAAUAGAACAUUAAAUAUUAAAUGGUAUCUUUAACAUAA